AUGUCCUUGAGCAGACUGAGUGAAUUGCCGGUGGAGAACGAUGGUCCUGACCUCACGAUGUCCGACCCUGACAGCCACUCGUCCCGGUCCCGGAACGCGUAUGAUUUUAUGCGCAGGCAAGGCCAUGAUACCGACCCCACGGCUCAGCGUUGGAAUGCUGCAAUUCGUCUGGCGAAUUUCACCUCCGCUGAAACGUCCCCGUUUUGUGUAUGUCAUCCCGGCCCCUUUUUCGAAUACUCGGUUGUUGACGCCUCAGACCAGGUUUCGAGUAUCGGUAGCUUGAUAGAUCAUCUUGUCCGCCAACGAGCUGCCAGUGACUUUGACGGCGAUGGAAUCAAUGACCUGGAUAUCCGCGACAUCCAAACCUUAGCGGUUGACCAAGUUAUGCAUAUCAACUCAGAUGCAUUGCUCUCUCUUCAGGUUUUCGAGACUGAAAGUCACGCCUCGGUUCACUCGGACAAAACCAAGGAGGGACUUUCCCUUUACGGGAUUCUGAAUAGCACGAAAACCAACCUUGGUAGACAACUUCUCCGCACCUGGCUGCUCCGACCUUCCUUGUCAAUCUCCACCAUAACGUCUCGGCAAGAUGCAGUUGCUUGUUUUAUGCGGCCAGAGAACAUCACCACUGCCAACCUCAUGCAUAAUCAUCUGAAGGGUAUCAAAAAUAUGCCCAAGAUUCUCAAAGCUCUCACAUCUGGCCGAGCCCAACUCUCGGACUGGCAAGGUUUCGUAAAGUUCACAUUCCACACGACCAUGCUUCGUGACGCACUUUCUGAGUUACAUGGAGCAGCUGACGUGCAGAUUGUGAAGAAGCUUAUUUCGGCCCUGGAUGUUGCGACGUUCAAAGAAACCGGGGGCAAGGUUAACGAUACGAUCGAUUGGGAAGAGUCAACUAACGCUGAGCGCGUCUGUGUAAGACCUCGAAUUGACGAAGAACUCGACAACUGGAAGCACGCGUACCAUGGAAUUGACUCAGUCUUGUCAACUGUGGCAGAGCAGAUUUCGCAGACUGUCUCGCCUGACAUUGCUCCGUCUCUCAACGUGGUCUACUUUCCACAGUUAGGUGAAUGUUUAACCGCAUAUGCCCUGAUUGGUCACUCAACGCAAAUCCAUUAG